AUGCGUGAAAUCGUUCAUAUACAAGUUGGUCAAUGUGGAAAUCAAAUGGGUACAAAGUUUUGGGAAGUCAUUUCUGAUGAGCACGGUAUUGAUCCAACAGGCACUUAUCAUGGAGAUUCGGAUCUGCAACUAGAGCGUAUUAAUGUCUAUUACAACGAAGCUACCGGUGGUAAAUAUGUACCACGUUGUAUUCUUGUUGAUUUGGAGCCUGGCACGAUGGAUGCCGUUCGUGCUGGUCCUUACGGUCAAUUAUUUCGUCCAGAUAAUUUCGUCUUUGGUCAAUCAGGUGCUGGAAAUAAUUGGGCCAAAGGUCAUUAUACCGAAGGAGCAGAAAUCGUCGAUUCGGUUCUCGAUGUUGUUCGUAAGGAAGCUGAAGCAUGCGAUUGUUUACAAGGUUUUCAACUGAUACACUCACUGGGUGGUGGUUGUGGUUCAGGACUCGGAACAUUAUUGAUCGCGAAAAUACGUGAAGAAUAUCCGGAUCGUAUUAUGUUAACUUACUCAGUGGUUCCAUCGCCGAAAGUAUCGGAUACAGUCAUUGAACCGUAUAAUUGUGUUCUGUCAGCACAUCAAUUGUUGGAAAACUCGGAUGAAACGUUCUGUAUUGACAAUGAAGCACUGUAUGAUAUUUGCUUUCGAACGCUGAAACUAACUACACCGACAUUUGGCGAUCUUAACCAUCUAGCUGUGACAGCACUUUGUGGAGCAACAACCUGCUUACGUUUCCCAGGUCAAUUAAAUGCUGAUCUUCGAAAACUAGCAACGAAUAUGGUACCUUUUCCUCGUCUUCAUUUCUUCAUCCCAGGCUUUGCACCUUUAACGUCACGUGGCAAUCAGCCGUAUCGAGCUGUCACUGUUCCAGAACUCAUGCAACAAAUCUUCGACGCACAAAACCUCAUGGCAGCUUGUGAUCCACGUCACGGAAAAUAUUUAACUGCUGCAGUUGUCUUUCGUGGCCGAAUGUCAAUGCGCGAAGUCGAAGAACAAAUGUUGAAUGUGAAAGAAAAGAAUAAUUCGUAUUUUGCCGAAUGGAUUCCCGAUAAUUUGAAAACAGCUGUUUGCGAUAUUCCACCGCGUGGCUUGAAGAUGUCCGCAACGUUCAUCGCAAACACGACUGCGAUGAUUGAUUUAUGGAAACGUGUAGCCGAACAAUUCACGGCAAUGUUUCGACGUAAAGCUUUUCUUCAUUGGUACACUGGCGAAGGAAUGGACGAAAUCGAAUUCACCGAAGCAGAAUCGAAUAUGAAUGAUCUUGUCAGCGAGUAUCAGCAGUACCAAGAAGCAGUUAUCGAUGCUGAAGGUGAUGAAGAAAACGACGAAGAUGUUGGAGAUUUAGAAACGAAAUAA